AUGCCUUCCAAUGCUUCGUCGGCAGCCCAAGAGCCUUCUCCCUCCUCACUGUAUCGAAAUACUCCACAUCCGAUCAUGGUGGCUACAAAGAGUGUUUCACCCGUGGAGCAAUUUUUGAGAUCUGAGAGUGGAAGAAUUACAGAAUUUUAUACGAAUAUGUGCUUUGAUCUUUUUGUGGAUUCAGAUACAUUGGGUUGGCUGGUUCUUAAUCAAAAGUAUUUGAAGGUGAUGGAAGGAGAGAAUGAAAAGACCAUCAAAAACGAAUCUGACAUUGUGCAGGCCUUGUCAAGUGGAACAAAGACUGAAACAGUUUCUGUCAACGUCAUUGAUGGCCAGUUUAUUUCCGACAUCAAAUCCAUGUUAGAAGUGAUCGAAACACUUAUCAAAACGAAACGUAUCAAAACUCUCUUGAUUUCUUCUGCAAAAAGCGUAUUUUGUGCUGGUGCCGACAUUAAUAUGAUGUAUCCCAACUUGGAUGAGAAACUUGCAGAAAAGGCAGCCAAACAUGGACAAGAUGCAAUGGAUCGAGUGGCCAGCCUCACCGUUCCAACCAUCUCAUGCAUCCAUGGACCAGCAUUGGGUGGUGGUUUUGAAUUGUGUCUUGCCACUUCUUACCGAUUGGCUAGUGAACACAAGAGUACCACUAUUGGCUUACCUGAAGUCAUGUUAGGUGUCAUUCCUGGAGCAGGAGGUACCGUUCGAUUUGGAAAAUUAGUUGGUUUACAAAAGAGUUUGGAAAUGAUUUUACCUGGUAAGACUCUCUCAGCUGUUCGUGCCAAGAAAGCAGGCCUCGUCACUACAACCAUUCCUUACGAAGAUCGUUUCAAUGGAGAAUUUAGAUUUUUGGCAGCUGCAAGAAAUUAUGCUGGAGCUAAGACAGUUGACAAGAAUCCACCAAUCGCUAAAUACGAGCCACAAACGUUGAGAGACAAAUUACUUGAAGGAAAUCCUAUUGGAAGAAAAUUCGUUGCUCAAAUGGCAUUGAAAAAUCUCGACAAGACCACACGUGGCAAAUAUCCUGCACCAUAUGCUGCUCUGCAAUCUGUAUUUAAUGCUACCAAACCAGGAAUGUCCAAUGGUCGUGCUCUUUUAAUGGAAAGACAAUUAUUUGGAAAGAUGGCUGUCACUGCUGAAUCAAAGAACUUGAUGGCUGUGUUCUUUAUGCGUGAGAAUGCCAAAAAUUGGAAGAGAAAAUUCCCCAAGCUAGGCAAAUUGAAAUCGGUUCGUAAAGUGACCUAUGAUCCAACUAUGGUCAAACAACCUGGAUCUGUUGCACCUUCGAUUGCUGUCAUUGGAGCUGGUGUCAUGGGAAGCGGUAUUGCUCAAUUGUUCGCUCACAAGAACUAUCCAACAUUUAUGAAGGACAUCAAACCUGAAUUUGUCAAGAAUGGCAUGAACAUUGUUGAGAGAAUUUUCAUGGAUGACUAUGUUAAGAAGAAUAGAAUGUCCAGAGAGGAAGCACUCUUCAGAAUUAAGCUCGUCUCUGGAGGUGUUGAAUAUCCAACUCAAGCCUCAUCAGGCAAUGGAAUUCAAGUUGUCAUUGAGGCUGCCGUUGAGAAUAUGGCUCUCAAGAAGAAGAUUCUUCAAGAAUGUGAAAAUACUCUGGCUUCUGCAAACGGUGACGUUAUUUUUGCCACCAAUACAUCCACACUCUCCAUUAAUGAGUUGGCUAGUGUUUCCAAACGUCCUGACCUCGUAGUAGGAAUGCACUUUUUCAAUCCUGUUCACAAGAUGCCUCUAGUUGAAAUUAUUCGAGGCAAAAAGACAUCCGAUGAGACUGUGGCAACUAUAUACAAACUUGCAUUGGACUUGGGUAAAAUUCCUAUUGUGUGUCAUGACGGUCCUGGAUUUAUCGUGAAUAGAAUUUUGGGAAUUUACAUGACCGAAGCAGGCCGCUUAAUUAAUGACGGAGGAGAAAUUCAACAAAUUGACAAGGUGAUGGUUGAACAAUUUGGAAUGCCAAUGGGUCCAUUCAGAUUAUUGGACGAAGUUGGUACCGAUGUUGCCUAUCAUUCGGGUGAAACAUUGAAAGUAUUGGGUGCUCGUUUCACAGAAACUGCCACAGGAAGUUCACUUUUCGAUUUGAAAAAAUUGGUCGAUGCUAAAUUAUUAGGUAAAAAAGUUGGAAAGGGAAUCUUUGUGUACGGAGAGGAAGCCAAAAAGCUUAAAAAGGGUGAAAUUAAUCCAGAAUUGUUGCAAGUGUUCCCAGGAUACGAUCCCAAGCUUCGUCGCAAGUUUGCCCCUGAAGAAAUUAUUGAUCGUUGUGUGUUAUUGAUGGUCAAUGAGGCAUGUAUGAUUUUAGAGGAAGGCGUUGCUGAGACUCCACAAGACAUUGAUGUUGGAAUGAUCUUUGGAACUGGUUUUGCUCCUUUCCGUGGUGGAUUAUUGCAAUAUGCCGAUUCUAAGGGAGCUAAAUGGAUUGUGAAGAGAUUAAAGGAUUUAGAUGAAAGAUAUGGAGCUAAUGGAACACGAUUCAAGCCAAGUCCUCUUCUUUUGAGAAUGGCUGAGAACGGAGAACGUUUCUAUCCAGAUCGACCUGUUGUGACAUUUGUUGAGAGAAAUGUUCCUCCAAGACCCAAAUUGUAA